AUGAAGUCCUACACCAGCCUUCUGUUGAGCUUCGGAGCUCUUGCAGCUGCCGCUCCUCAGGUCACACUCACUCCUCUGAGUGGCCCUAUCCCUCCUGUUCGCAGCCCGGAAGUGACUGGUCCUACCUCUCACGGACCUUACUCGGGUACACCGACCGUUACUGGUGCUCUGACUGCUCCUGCGGUCGCAGAGUCUAUUGCUCCUGGACCUCCCAACCCAGUCACGUACAGCAACGACAACGGCCUCCUCCAAGCUGGUUACGAGCCGAUCCCGUACCAACCAGCCGGUGGCGCUGGCACCAACGGUAGUCUGCCGUACUAUCAUCCCAUGUCCGAUUUUGAUUACCAGUCGUUCGCGCUGGCACUUCAUCAGGAAUGGAUCGAGCUCGAUCUCUUCCACAACGGUCUGGCGCGUUUUACCACGUCGGAAUGGGAAGCUGCCGGCCUGAGUGCCGAGGAUCGAUUUUUGAUUGAAUUCAUGGCAGAUCAAGAAGUCGGCCAUGCGACCUUGAUAAGCAACAUCUUGGGUGCAGCGGCCCCUGCCCAAUGUACCUACAACUAUCCCUUCGAGACGGUGCGCGAAUUCCUCGACUUUUGCCAAAAACUCACUCGUUUCGGCGAGUCCGGGGUUUAUGGCUUUCUCGGUCACCUCGACUCGCGUGAGUCGGCGACCCUGCUGUUGCAAUCCAUCACGACCGAGGCGCGUCAACAAUUCGUCUUCCGCCAGAUGACCGGUCUCUUCCCCAUGCCGGUGUGGUUCGAGGUCGGCAUCCCUCAGAGCUGGGCGUGGACCUUGUUGGCCCCUUACAUCUCCAGCUGCCCCGCCAACAACACCCGCCUGGCCUGGCAAAACUUCCCGGCCCUCAGCGUGCUCAACCAGCCCGACGUGUUCAAAAUCAACCCUGACCUCGGACCUCCGUCCAACGACACGGGGGCCAACCCGAGCAACGACACCGGCAUCGCCAAGAGCAACCAGUGCUACAGCACCAACGUGGUCGGCGAGGACUGCGGCUCGGCCAUCACCCACAACCGAUCCAUCCCGCUCUCGUACCCCGGUCGUCCCGUGCACUUUUCGUGGGGCAACGUCGGUGAGGCCGUUGGACCCAACAACAGUUACAUCACCGCUCGAUCCCCCCUGGCCGACGCUCCGAGGUUCGCCAUGUUUGUGUCGCAGCUAAACGCCACCUACGUGCCUCUCGUCAACAUCAGCGGCAACACCGCUUCAUGCGUCCAGCCCAACAUGAGCACUUAUGCCGGCGACCCAGCUGCCAACGGGACCAUGUUUAUCGCAUUGACUUCACAAGAUCCAUACGUGACUCCGUUCAAUCUCAGCAUGGUCAACCCCUAUGUCUACUCUGGUCCUGCCUUGUAUCAGGCCGGCUAAGAGCCAUAAUAUGAGACGAAUUGAUAAAGACACUCAUAAAAGAGUAAUUGAUCGUCGAUCAUGUGCACGUGAGGGAAGCAGGAGAGAGAGGGACAUCAAGUUGGACGGUUGAUUUCGAAUCUGUCGAAACCUCCAGGCAAAACUACUACGAUAAUAUAUAAUACAUCUUACAAUGCUUGCAGUCUGCACGUAUGGCUGUGUAAAACGCUAUCUACU